UACAUUUUAAGAAAUGGGUGGAAAAAGUUAUUAUUGCGACUACUGCUGUUGUUUUAUGAAAAACGAUUUGAAUGUGCGCAAAUUGCACAACAGUGGUAUUUCCCACACAAUUGCAAAAACCAAUUAUAUGAAACGUUAUGAGGAUCCGAAAAAGAUAUUAACCGAAGAGCGCAGGAAAACUCCAUGUAAGCGAUACUUUGGUGGCUACUGCAAAUUUGAAAUGUACUGCAAAUAUGGUCACUAUAGUGAGAAGGAAUUACAAGAGCUGGAAAAAUUAGUUCUUGCUAAAAAGAAGUCAAACUCACGAAAAAGAAAGAAAUCCACAAAAUGGCCCUGGAAAACUCAUUUGCAAACAGGGUUGCCUUUAUCUUUACAACCCAUUCAAUUAGCCAAGCUCAAAAAAACCAAUUUUGAGCUAAGCUGGGGUUAAUUAACAAAUAUAUAUAUAUUUACAUAAGCACA